CCUCAGUGAAGGCUUCACUACUCCACUCCCUUCGAAGCAUCACCACCAUCCCACAACAACCGACAAACUUGUUAGCACCGAACAGCAAAAAAAAAACCAGUAGAGCUUUCAUACUUCUUCCUGCACAAGCAUUAGGAACGGAAAGAACCAUGGGCCAAGUCUGGCUGCCUAGAGCUUCUUGCGAGCGUCAAAUACGAGUUUCCGCAUCAUGGGCCUUCACUGUCUUUCUCGUCGUCAGCACUCUAGCCGCUGUAGUUACCGCUGAUGGCCCAUCCAAUACCCCGACGCCCGCGGUCGCAAUGAACGACCUAUUUGACUCUCAGUCGCACUCCGUCCUCCCGACCGCCGCCGCCGUCGCCGAUGCAGUGGACGAGGAGCUGGCGACCGUUUCGCCUGCUCGAGGCGGCGACAGCUGCGACGGCGAAGGCGAGAAGUCGCUAGAGGCGAGCGACACGGUCAUGGAGGAAAGCGACGCGUGGGCGGCCGAAGUCGACACCAGCGCGCGGCUAAGGCGCCGGGCUGGCGAUAAAUCCGAGUACCUUGCGACUGUGGUGGCCAAUGCGACGGCGUACGACUCUCAUGGGAGAAGGAAGCUCGCAACCAAGUGCAAUCUCGGUAAAGGCGCGUGGGUGUACGUGGACUCGUACCGGCCCAUCUACAGCGGGCAGUCGUGCAAGUUCAUCCGCUCGGGCUUUAACUGCGAGCGCAACGGCCGCACGGACACCAACUACCUGCGCUACCGCUGGAAGCCGCGCAACUGCAACCUGCCGACCUUCGAUAUAGGCUCGUUCCUCCCCAUGAUGCGAAACAAGGUGAUCGCGUUCAUCGGCGACUCCAUCGCGCGCAACUUCCAGCAGUCCGUGGCGUGCCAGGUGGGCGCGCGCGAGCUCGUCCAGGAGUGGGCGGGCACCAUCAACGGCCAGGCCGUGUCGGGCCUCUCCAUCCCCAACUACAACAUCAAGCUCCUCGCUUUAAUCUCCCCCUUCCUCGCGCGCUACUCCAACUCGCCCGCGGAUUUCACGAAAUACGGGCUGAAGCCGCCGCAGCGGAAGGAGAUCGAGGGCGGGAACGGCGGCGCGCAGGGGUACAUCGUGUGGACGGACCAGCUGGACGCCACGUGGGCGGCCGUGAUUCCGUCUGUCGACGUGGCGGUGUUCAUGUCGGGGCACUGGUUCCUGUCGUCGCAGGGCCGCACGGACGUGCGCUCACUGGCGUACGUGCGUGGGCGCACCGUGAAGGCGACGACGGGGUUCGAGGCUUACGCCACCACCAUGAAACGAGUGGUGCAGUACCUGGACAACGACAUUAAGUACAAGGGCCUGGGCCUGUGGCUGAGCUACACGCCUUCGCACUACAGCUCGUCCAACCCGCCGUCGUGCGACUACAACGCGCCGUUCCCGCCCACAAUGGCCAUCGCCGACAAGUCCGCCGUCACCUUCAACGACAUUGAGAAGCGCAUCACGCGUGCAUCCCAGCGGUUGAAGCACAUGGAUCUGACGGCCAUGAUGGCCCUGCGGCCGGAUGGGCAUGUGCAGAAGUACUACGGGCCGGCGAAGAAUAGUAAGACCAAGUGGGACUGCUUGCACUGGUGCCUGCCCGGCGUGCCGGAUGCGUGGACUGACGUGCUGCAGCAGGUGUUGGUCACGCGCCUGGGGCAGCAGCCUGCAGCAUGAGUGGGGAGGCUCUGGGGGGAACUGUGAGGAGUGCUGGUGUAUGGUUAUUGUAUGUGUAUGGUGUUUGGGGCCAGGGGAGAGGGGGGGGAGUGCAUGUGCAGCAGGAGCAGCCACAGCAGCAGGAGCAGCUACAAGAGGUGGAAGAAAUACUAACAAGCAUACACUCUCCAAUGACAAUUGAUCAAUUGCAACACUAGGCGUGAAGUUUCAGGCUGUGGAGUCGGCCGAUUCCCAAGUGAUUAACAUGAUUCUGCAGCCAUUCUCGUUGAUAAAUUAGUGGCUUUGUUUGUGCGUUGAAGAUGGUAAGAUUGCAUUCCCUCGUAUUUACAAAUAUUUGUGUUUAACUGAG